GCUUCUUUUUCCACCCAGACGAUGGAGAAACCCAUUUGCAACUCGUCCCACAGCAAAGAGGAGAUCCAGCCCCUCCGGUAUCUAAGCAGAGCAGAAGCCUUGGCUAUCGAGAAAGAACUCCUGGAGGAGUUUAGGUUCGGACAGCAGCAGCUGAUUGAGAUCUGGGGUCAUGCCUGUGCCAUGGCAGUCACAAAGGUUUUCCCUCGGAGGUCUCUGCCGAGGAAGCAGCCGACAUUGCUGGUGGUCUGCGGCUGCGAACAGAACGGGGCAGUCGGCUUGGCAUGUGCCCGUCACCUGCGUGUCUUUGAAUACGAGCCCACCAUUUUCUAUCCGAAGAGAUCUUUGAACCCUCUUUUCCGGGAUUUUACCACGCAGUGCGAGAAGAUGGACAUCCCGUUUCUUUCCUAUCUGCCAGCGGAGACUCAGCUGAUCAGCGAUGCUUACAACCUCGUGGUCGACGCCUUGCUCGGAGUGGAGGCCACGCCGGGCGAGUUGCCGGAGCCGUUCGGUACGAUCCUGGCCACCCUCAAGCAAAUCCGGAUCCCUCUCGUCAGCCUGGACGUCCCCUCUGGCUGGGAUGUGGAGAUGGGCAGCUCGGACGGGAUCAGCCCCGACGUCCUUGUCUCCCUGGCCGCCCCCAAACAGUGCGCCACGCGGUUCGUGGGCAAGCACCACCUCGUGGCCGGCCGCUUCCUCCCUUACGACGUGCAGAAAAAGUUCGAACUGAAUUUCCUAGAGUACCCCGGCACAGAUGACGUGGUUUCUCUUUAA